UUGUGGGUAGCUGUUACUUCCUUCAUGCUCGUCUCUAAAAACAGCUGCGUGACAAAGACAGAAGCAGUCGGACGAGACUUUUACUUCGCCCAAGAUGUCCACAGGAAACCAACAUGUGAGAUACAGCAGAGGAGUCCGAGCGGACGGUGGAGAGAAAAACAAAGCGGAGAUCAGAGAGCUUGAAGCCCACGCCACCAGGACUGGGUCACAGAAAACCAGUCGACGUGCUCGAAAGAAACAUUCAGCGAAGAGAAGAGACGUUCGAGUCAUCGCUGCAGUGCUGGGAACGUUUCUUCUGCUCACGCUGACUUCGACAGGACUCCGCUAUAUCUCAGUGACCCUGCAGAGAGACGAGCUCAAAAUAAAAUUGGAUGAACUAAAUGAGGAAAUGACCAGGAUGAAGAGCCAAUGCUCAGACUUCGAGAAUCCAAACAUAACUGAUGGUUGGCCUGAUUUUGGAUUUCCAGAUGAUCGACCCGAGCGAAACGCAACUGAGAGAGGCUCUUUCACAAACAUCACUGAAGUGAACAACACCUCAAACGCGACUGAGAAAGGGAACGGCUGUCCUCCAGGAUGGGUGAAGGUCGGCUGCAGCUGUUAUUAUGAAUACAUCAUAGUGUCCGCUUUGCAGAAGAGCCAAGAGGACUGUGAGAAGAAGGGAGGAAACCUGAUCGUUGUGAACAGCAUCGAAAAACAGAGAAUACUGGAGGGCGAAACGCCUAAAGAUGGCCUGCAGUGUGGCUUGGCGAUUGCUCCGCCGUGACGGGAGGAGCUCAUGAGAGCGGUCACAUCAAGAACUCGUGUGUGUGUAAACCCGACAAUUACUGCAAAUAUGGGAAGAAGCUAUUUUUAUUUUCCAAUUUAAUCGACUGAUUGACCUCCCUGAUGUUUAUUUAUCUGUGCGUUUGUUUCAUAUUAUUAUUGUAUUUAUUUAUUGUUUCUGCAGACAGCUCUUUCUGGAAAAAAUGAUUUGAUUGAACUCUGUUUAAAUUAGGGAUUUAAUAAUAACAAUAAUAACUUUUGAGAAAAUAUCUAUAAAAGUGUUUUUGUAAAUUUAUGUAUGCAGCUUUCUGCAUCCUAAUUCUUUCCAAUCUAUAAACUAUUGCUGAAGUUAUUAAACUGAUCAGAAAUGAUUCUGCGUGUUUCUGAGUGUGAAUAGUUGGGAUGUGGGUGAGUUAAAUCGGCUCUGUCUCUUUAAGACGAGGAUGAACACCAGCAUGAUGGAUGUGUUUACUCUGAGAAACUGAAU